AGAUCCGUGAACAGCCCAACAUAAGCUCAUGAUGUGUGGAAUUUUACUACUCUGCUUCGUUGCUGUGGCAAGCGCGUCGAAAUUGGGUUACAAUUACCGGGCAGCUGUGGACGACAGGCGCUUUGCUGACCUUAUCGAUACGGAGGCCACGGGAUUUAGUGUAUCGGAUACGCAACAACAAACACGUCAACGGCAACAACAACAGCUGCAACAGCAACAACUCUUGGGUCAGCAGUCCGUGGCAGAUGAAUUUAAUAAGGAAUUUUAUACAUAUGCCGCGCCCGAGGAUGAUUUUGCUGAUCGCGAAGCCACAGAUCACAUUGCCCACAUGCUGAAGCGCAAUCUACGUGUGCUCUUCAUCAAGUCACCCGAGCAUCAGGGCCUCACAAAUGCCGCCCUGCAGCUGGCUAAACAGUCUAGCGAGCAGCGCACGGCCAUCUAUGUGCUGACCAAGCAGGCGGAUGUUGGCGAAUUGGCGCAGCGUCUACAAGCUGAGAAGCCUAGUUUCGAGCAUAAGCCAGAGGUGCACUUUGUUAAAUAUCGCACUCCCGAGGACGCUGUGCGUGCACAGCAGCUCAUCCAGCAGCAAUUCAAUGCCCUGGGAGGCAGCUCGCGCAGUUCCGAUGAAGGCGUGGCACCGGUACUGGACUUUAGCUCACCGCCAAUUCGAAAGCAGCACCCACAGCAGCAACAGCAAGCUGAACAGCAGCCCAAACGAGUGUCCAUAUUAAUAUCAAAUGAACUGUGA